AUCGCCUCUCCUACUCUCCUACCCAUCCUUCCAGCUAUCCUAUCUUAGCCCAGCCUCCACAAAACACCGCAACCAUGGCAACCAAGUCGCAUCAGGUUUCUGAAGCUGAAGUGCGCUCGUGGGGAUUUCCCACCGCCUUCACGUGGACCGAUGGCCCUAAUGCUCAUUAUCCCCCGCAUACCCACACCGAAACGACGACCCAUCUCAUCCUGAGGGGGGAAUUCAUCAUUGCAUUUCCAGAAGAGGAAGAUACAGAAAAGAAAACAUACACUGUUGGGGACAGAGUCGAUGUUGCGGCCCACAGAACACAUGAGGUCUGGAUCGGACCAGCAGGGUGUACAUACGUCAUUGGACAAUAA